GCGUUAUGUAAUACCCCUUCCUUUUCUUUCAACUCCCACCCGUCAUGAAACUUACUCUCCGUCCUGAAUGGCGGCUAUGGCCCUUCAGCUCCUUCCUCGGCCUCCUUGACAUAAAAACUGGCGUCGUUGUCGCCCUUAUGUUCGUUCUCUUGAACAAGGUUGCUGGAGUAUAUGGUCUCAUUGCCGUCGUCACUGGUGCCGGUGGUUCCUUUGCCCAACUCAGCUUGUACAUAUACUCCGUCGUCGCCUUGCUGGCAUUUAGUUGGGGGCUCAACGCUGUCAAGGAGGAAGACCCCAAGCAUACCUUAUACUUUGCACACCUAUACUUCGCCGACCACGUCUUCUCAACAUCAUGGACAAUCUUUUUUGCUGUUACCUGGUGGUUUCAGACGCCUCAUGAUGGCAGUCGCCAGGCGAACUCGCCUGCUCAGACUGAAAUCAUCAAUGGCGCGAUCAUGGCCGGUCAGCCUCUUAGUGAAUCAGAGCGCAUAGAGGCCGCUAUGAAGAUAUGGAAUCACGAGAAGGGAAUGGCCGCUACGGUCAUCGCGCUAGGGUGGUUAUCCAAGAUUUAUUUCAUCCUCCUUGUCUAUUCGUAUGCAACGCACCUGCGAAAAGGUUCCUAUCGUCUGCUUUCGCGGUCGAGGCAGCAUGCUGGCCCGACGUCUUUCUCAGCUAACCGUGCUUACGAAUCGCUGGGACUCGGCGACGAAGAGGAGGGAGAGAUAGAAGAUUUCUACCGCACGCCAGCUCGCACCCCCAACACUGGAAAUUCCAUUUCUAGCUUUGCAGACUUUGUCAAUGCUCCUCCAAGCAGACCCCGGCGUAUGCCGCCUUCAUCUUUGAGCAGAGGCGGUGUUGUUAGUGGGGAGGAAGACGACAAUAUUUUGUUUGACGACGACGAAAUGACCUAUACCUCUAGCUCGCGUGGUCACUCAAAACUUGGAACGGACGAGAGCAGCAGUAACACGGAUGAGGAGCGUACACGAGUAUGACGAGGGAGGAUCUAUUAUUGUUGUCGUCUCUAUUUAUUAAGCUUACGUUGUAGACAUUAUACAAUCUAAUCAUUACACGGGU